UUUCACCAUUUACAUAUCACCUUCGACAAUAUUCAUAUUUUCUGAAACUUUUUUAUUGGAAAGAGGAUAAUGAUUUAUUCAAUUGUUUUUGGUAUUCUUAUUAUGAUGGAGUCAACCGUUUUAGGAUGUCCACCACAGCCAAAUGGAAAUUGUUAUUACGGUCAGUACAUGCUUUCAAAUAGUCAAGGAGGUUUUCAGAAUCAGCAGUGCGGGUCGGCGAUCAAUAGGGAUUGGUGUGCAGUAUCCUACCAACCAGCAACUCAGCAAGCAAACUUUGGGUGUGCAUCCAAUUUUCCCAUAAAUGUCGGUGGAUCAGUUUGUGGUGAAGGUGCUGGAUUUGUGAAUCAACAAGGUUGUAGUAUGGUCAAUACACCAAAUGGACCAUGUUACUUUUGUUGUUGUAAAGGGGGAAGUUGUAAUAAUCCUCAGAUAUUUGCUCGAGAAGCUUCGAAACUUCCAAUAAAUCAGCAACAAAUGCAAACAUACAAUCCAAAUGGAUAUAAUCCAUAUUCAAGACAAAAUUAUUAUCCAAUUCCUUGGUAUAAUACAGCUUCUCAACCUUCCAAUCCAUUUUUCCUUAUUGUCAUUAUUCUUAUUAUAUUUUUAAUUCUCUCGUAUUCUGCUUAAAAUCAUCGUUUUUUUUUUCUAAAGAUCUCUUUUUUUUAUUUUAUCCCCAAAUCUUGAUGAGAUUCUCCCAUUUAUUGGUAAUUAAUUUUCAAUUCAAUUGUUUUAAAAACCAUUCAUUAUGUACUAAAUUUCGAUAAUGCUACAGUACAGAAUGAAGAUGAACAGAAA